AUGGCGAACGUUGAGACCACCCCCGAAAUCCCCAGCGUCGGGGCGGUUCCCGCCUUGGUCGUCUCCGAGACUGUCCCUGCGGCCGCGGCGGAGGCCAAGAGCCCAACUAGCCAGGCACCGGCGGCGGUUGUGGAGACCAUCAUGACUGACGGCACGCCCUACCGCGCCGUCGGCACUGGCGAAAACACCGACCCGAUUGCAGUCCAGGUCGCCGCCAUCCGACAGCAGCAGGAGAUGUACGGUGGAUUUGGCUCCCCCUACGCGCUCAACACACCCGCCAUGGGCUUGCGCAGCCAGCCGUACCCGGGCAUGGGAGGUCAGACGCCUCUGAUUCAGUUGCCUAGCGCGCCCGGCGCGAUUCCGCUCACUGCCUCCUUCUACAACGCUCCGACUUCGCUGCCUGGUCCGUGCUACUACGACCCCUACGGCAUGCUCAACCCUGCUGCCUGCUUCUCGCCGAUGCCGAUCGCUGCCGAAGACCCCGCUGCCCAGCAGAAGUCGCUGGCAACUCCGCCCGCCCGGAAGGCGCGCCGCUGGUGCUGCUGA